AUGAAGUCCAACGACAUCAACGACUACGAGGACCACGGCCUGGUUGUGCAAGACCUCCUCGCUGCCCGCCCGGCCAGCAAGGCCGCAAUGCAUUUUACGUUGAAACUGCUGAGGGUCCUGAGCCAUUUAAGACACAGAUCUUCAGGACACAACCAAGUACAAGACGGCCGGAUGUCGAGGGUCAACAGGCCGAUGGACGUGUGCUCUGAAAACGGUGGCUGGAAGAUCGGGAAGAACGCUCGCUGUCCCCUAAACGAUGAGUUUAUCAGCUAA